AUGGAGAAAGCUAGUCUCUACACAGCCUGGGCGGUCUUUUCUUGGCAGGCCAUGUUCGACUGUUACUUCUUUCGUCCGCCAUACUUCAGCCAACCCCCGCAAAUAGCCUUGCUGAACCCGAGACUGCAUCCUACCUGGUAUGGAGAAGUUUAUGUCCAGUAUCCUCGAGGCUCACAACCGAUGCCAUUGCUGAUUGGAUGCAAAUUUUAUUCUGAGACAGCUCUACACAAGAUCACAAACGAUAUAGGGCUGCUUACGUUUGGAAAGUCCUCAGCACAGAUGCUUACUCUCAAUGAGCUUGCUGCGAUCAAAAAGAAGCUCGAUCAAUGGAGGACUCUAUUGCCUGAGAUAUUCCAGCCAGAGAAAGUUGCGCUACCAUCUCACCUGAUGUUACAUGUGCAAUACUGGCAAAUCGUGAAGUCUAUAGCACAAUUGAUUGUGAAGGCGGAAAGUGUGGAAAAAUCCAAGGCGGCGGCCCUGUGGCCAGAAAGUGGCCCCCAAUCAUUUCUCCAUGAAGCCCGCGUCAUACUUGAGACAGCCUGUUGCAUAUACUAUGCACGGCACGGGUUUGAGUCUUGCGAUCCCUGGGUUGCUUUUACAUUGACAAUAAUUGGCAACACUAUCAUUGACGAACUCAAGGCAGGAUCAAGCAUUGAUUCUCGUACUCUAGCAGGCUACCGUUCGCUCCUGAUUCUCUCAGCGCAAGGUCUAGCUACCCAAAGUCACCACUACCAUAAUACUACACUCCUGGCAGUUCAGCUGCAGAGCGCAAUGAGUCCUCAGGACCUGCAGUUGGUUUGCACACAUGUGAAAGCAGCGGGCAUGAGCAAAUCGGAACAGUUGCUGGUGGCGGAGCAUUCUCAAAGCCAUUGGCCCCUAUCAGGCAAAGUGGCGGAUGAUGAAGAUCCGGAAAAAGUGAAAUUGAAAACUUUACUGGAGGGUCUUGAGGAAAAUCAGCUUUAG